ACGAGAGGGCAGAGAGAGGCUCGACGCGAGCGGGAGGCUCGUCGAGGUGCUGCUGGCCAGCCCGUGAAGCGGCAAAGCAUGCUGCGGGCCAGCCUCGGCUUGCUGGUCCUCUGCGCGCUCGGGGAGCGCGCCUCGUCGGCGGCGGCGGCGGCGGCGGCUCGCGAGGACAAUGUGCUGCACAUCGGCGGCAUCUUCCCCAUCGCUGGCGAGGGCGGCUGGCAGGGCGGACAGGCGUGCAUGCCGGCCGCCAAGCUCGCCUUGGAGGACGUCAACAAGCGGAACAAUCUACUGCCAGGCUUCACGCUCAAGCUGCACUCGAACGACAGCGAGUGCGAGCCGGGACUCGGAGCGUCGGUCAUGUACAACCUGCUGUACAACCCGCCGCAGAAGCUGAUGCUGCUGGCUGGCUGCAGCACCGUGUGCACCACCGUGGCCGAGGCCGCCAAGAUGUGGAACCUCGUGGUGCUGUGCUACGGUGCCUCGUCGCCGGCGCUGUCGGACCGGAACCGCUUCCCGACCCUCUUCAGGACCCACCCGUCCGCGACGGUGCACAACCCGACCAGAAUCAAGCUGCUGCAGAAGUUCGGCUGGUCCCGCAUCGCCAUUUUGCAGCAGACCGAGGAAGUGUUCAUCUCCACCGUCGAGGACUUGGAGGCGCGCUGCAAGGAGGCCAACAUCGAGAUAGUGACCCGGCAGAGCUUCCUGUCCGACCCGUCGGACGCGGUGCGCAACCUGCGCCGCCAGGACGCGCGGAUCAUCGUCGGCCUGUUCUACGUGGUGGCGGCGCGUCGCGUGCUCUGCGACAUCUACCAGAACGGGCUCUACGGCAAGUCGUACGUGUGGUUCUUCAUCGGCUGGUACGAGGACAACUGGUGGGAGAUGAACCUGGACAAGGAGGGCAUCGGCUGCACCAAGGAGCAGAUGCGGCAGGCGGCCGAGGGCCACUUGACCACCGAGGCGCUCAUGUGGAACCAGAACAACGACACGACCAUCAGCGGCAUGACCUCCGAGGACUUCCGGCAGCGGCUGAACGGGGUGCUGAAGAAGGAGGGCUACGACAUCGACAACAACCGCUACCCCGAGGGCUACCAGGAGGCCCCGCUCGCCUACGACGCCGUCUGGUCGGUGGCCCUGGCCUUCAACAAGACCAUGGACAAGCUAAGCAAGCAGGGCAAGAGCCUCAAGAACUUCACCUACAACGACAAGGACAUGGCCGAGGAGAUCUACUCCGCGAUGAACUCGACGCAGUUCGUGGGCAUCUCGGGCUACGUGGCCUUCAGCUCGCAAGGCGACCGCAUCGCCCUGACCCAGAUCGAGCAAGUGGUCGACGGCAAGUACGUGAAGCUGGGCUACUACGACACGCAGAACACCAACCUGACGUGGCGCAACAUGGAGCGCUGGAUCGGCGGCAAAGUGCCGCAGGACCGCACCAUCAUCCGCAACCUACUGAGGACCGUGUCGCUGCCACUUUUCGCCACCAUGUGCGGCGUGUCGUCGAUCGGCAUCUCCUGCGCGCUGCUGCUCAUCGUCUUCAACGUGUGGAACCGGCAGCGCAGGGUGAUCGUCUCGUCGCACCCCGUGUGCAACACCAUCAUGCUGGUGGGCUGCAUCGCCUGCUUCGUCUCGGUGUUCCUGCUGGGCGUCGACGGCCAGUUCAUCGAGGCCCGCCAAUACCCGCGCAUCUGCCAGGCGCGCGCCUGGGUGCUGUCGGUCGGCUUCACGCUCGCCUUCGGCGCCAUGUUCAGCAAGGUCUGGCGCGUGCACCGCCUCAACACCAAGACCAAGGCCGACCACGCCAAGCUGUUCAUGUCCAAGCAGAAGGUCUCCUCGAUCCAGAAGAAGGUGCAGCCGUGGAAGCUGUACACGAUGGUCAGCAUCCUGCUGGUCAUCGACAUCGUCAUCCUGACGGCCUGGCAGGUGGUCGACCCGCUGCAGCGCACCAUCGAGGUCUUCCCGCUGGAGGCGUCCAUGCAGGGCGACGACGAUGCCCGCAUACGGCCCGAACUCGAGCACUGCGAGAGCGAACACAACAGCGUCUGGCUGGGCAUCAUCUACAGCUACAAGAGCCUGGUGCUGGUGUUCGGCCUAUUCCUGGCCUACGAGACGCGCAGCAUCAAGGUCAAGCAGAUCAACGACUCGCGCUACGUGGGCAUGUCCAUCUACAACGUGGUGGUGCUGUGCCUGAUCACGGCUCCCGUGACCAUGGUCAUCGCCAGCCAGCAGGACGCCACCUUCGUCUUCGUCUCGCUGGCCAUCGUGUUCUGCUGCUUCCUCAGCAUGGCGCUCAUCUUCGUGCCCAAGGUCAUCGAGGUGAUACGCCACCCCAAGGACAAGGCCGAGUCCAAGUACAACCAGGACGUGGGCAUAUCCAAGGAAGACGAGGAGAGGUAUCACAAGCUGCUCAGUGAGAACGAGGAGCUGCAGAAGCUGAUCGCGCAGAAGGAGGAGAGGAUUCGCCAGGUCAAGGCCAAGCUCGCCGAGCGGGACAAGGAGGGCGGUCUCGGCGACGGCGCUGCCGGUGGCCUCCACCCAGCGGGCAGCGCGCCCAAGGAUUCGCUCAUCGUGGCGGACUUCGUCACCGGCGAAGGCACCUCCGACAGCGCCAUCGGUGGGGGUAUAUCCGUGCACACCAGAUCGUCCCGGGCUUCCGGUUCUGACUUUGAAUUUUCAGAGUCGUACUUGUAAAGACCGGGCACACGAGUACAAACUUGCCGGCCCCUUUCUCUCUUCGCCUUCGGCCAGUCGACCGCUCGACUGCUGCUGUCCUCUUUGGACUUUGCGCUAUUAUCGCUUUGUUGCCGCUCGCAUGCAGCACUCGCCGCACCCGCCGUAAUUGCAAUGUGUGUAGACAGUCGGAGUAGCAGUAUUAUUAGCGUUAGACGCGCCAAGCAAAACGAGUCAAGAAUUGUAAUUCAACGCAAACCAUUUUCCAAAUGCAAAUCGUUCCAAGCUAUGUACUUGGAGCUGUGUCGUGGGUCCAACUAUAACAAUGAGAAUCAAACGUCUACUCUGCGAAUUCUCGGAUAUCGGUAUAUCGGGAUAUCGCAUACAAUUAUUACGUAUUUUUCGCACAAGACUUUUUCGUACUUUGUUACGUCGUAUUUUUUCCACGUUCUCCGGCCUACCGUAACACCACGAGCUUUACACCUUCUCGGUAUCUAAAUUUCAUUCUAAAUUUCAUUUAGAAGCCGUGUGACAGCGAAAAAUCUAGCUUGAAAAAUGCAGUGUGCGAGGAGCCUUGGAAUUUGGAAAAAAUAGAUUUUGCCGAAAACAAGAGCCGCCGUAAUUGCAGUUAAAUCUCGUUAGUCAAUGUCUAUUCGUGCAUCUUGUGUGUAAGCCUCAUGAAGUCUGCUCCCAAAUUUUCAUCAUUUCAAUGACUGCUCGUUGAUUGUGGCUGUCGAACCUGACAAACUUACUAACGAGAUUUAAAGGCCGGUCUUGUCAAAACGGAGCCAUUUGGUCAGUAGAAUUUGGGAGUCUUGAUGAGGUACUGAAUCUUGUGCGCGAUCGAAUUGCACCAGUAAGCAAUGAAUAUUAUGUACUGCCGAGUAUAUUGUACAACUUAUGAUAACUGGCUAAAGCGCCAACGACCAAAUAAUUUACGUCGACAGUAGAUGUAAGGAAACUCGCUCAGCCCGAACGUUUGACAAAUGACUCCGUAGGCGCUGACUGGCUAUGCAGUCGCACGCGAACGGACAAGAUUCGCUGAUCUAACAUAGGCGCAUCUCGGCGAUGCUCUCUUUUUGAUUGCAGACGCUGAACACAUGGUCGGCUGACAUUGGGACAGUUGAAAGCGCGUCCACUACGCUUUCUAAAAGUGCAGCGAAGCUUCAACCGGAUGCUCGAAUGCGCCUCGAUUCUUUUUCGUUUUUCGUCGCAGGGGGCGAAGCAGAGAGACGAUUUUUUUAAAUCGAAGCGCAAUCCGUAAUGUAGUUAUGAUAACGACUGGACAAUUCUUUGGACCGCCGCCUAGCUGACUACGGUCCAAAUAAAAUCAAUCGUUGUGAUUGUAAGCGCUGUCACCGAGCAAUAUUGUGCACCGGAGCUUCAAACUACCUUAGAUCCUUGUCAUAUUUUUCAUCGAAAUCUUUAAAAACACUAUAUAUCUUGCUGUGAUGUUUACGUGAGAAAAGAUAAACGGUUUGUACGUUUCAGUAGUCGACAUAAUAUUACUACUAUCGUAUGUGUUUUUAUCGUUUGAUUGUAGAAAAAUCGUAUUAUCGCACGGAACAUGGCAAUUAACGUCCAAAUUAUGACAAUUUGGUGAACUUUAGGAGUAGUUACAAUAUGUAUAAAUAUACAGUUAUUAUAUAUACAUUUAGCAUGAUAUACCACGUGGAAGUGCCAAUUGUUUCGCGAUGGUAUGUAUCAUAAGCUACGAAAGAAAAUUCACUGAUAUUUAUUGACUUAUUGAUAAUUAAAUAAUAAUUAUAAAGGACUUGACAAUUUUAUGUACCAUAUAACGAGUGCUUGAGUAUAAUUAGCUGAUGUGUUCUCUUGGUAACUAUGAUAACAUUUUCUUAUAAUUUUAUAAUCACGUCCUCUAAACAACAGAACAAAAUAACUUGCGUGCGCAAAAAAGUUAAUACAUACUUGCGUGCAACAACCAAAUAAAGUGUAUAUGUAGUGUUUAAUAUACGCACACGUAAAUCGACGAAGAAAGUAUUGAAGAAGAAACAAUAAAAACAAAACAAAUCAAUAUUGAUUACGCACUGUGAACUAUGUAUCGUUAGACCGUG